AUGAAGUGCCUCAACGGUGAUUCCUACUUUCAAAACAGUGAAAAAACAUCAGACGAAAACCACCGGGGUAUCACUCUAGUGGCCAUAGCUUCCGAAGGCUCUCUGGUGUUACCCUGUGAAGGGGUAAAGGAGCAUUGGGAGUUCAGUGAUGGUUCUCCGCCGCCGGACAACGUAUUGUCCGACUGGUUCAACCUUUUACGGGCCAGAUUCUACACAGAGCCGAAAACCGCAUCUUCCAACUCAACAGGCGCUGCUGGACCCGUUGCAGUUCAUUGUAUAGCUGGAUACGGACGGGUAGUCACAGGGUGUUCCACAAAAUCGUUCCAGAGUCUUCGUGAGGGGGGCGAGAAGCUCCGAGUCAAGGAUGCUCGACUCGGAUUGACUGGCAUGCUGACCAAUCAGGGCAUGCCUUCGUUUGGUCCGUGUCCUGCACGUGACACAUCCGUCCAAAUGAUGUGGUGUUCGGUCAGUAGGGACGGCUGGCAUCCGGACAGUUGGCCACCCUGUGCACCGGUGCUGGUGGCUGUAGCACUCAUGGAGUUGGGGAUGCCCUGUGCAGACGCCAUCGAGCUCAUUCGUAGGGAUCCGAAGAGACAAAGGAACUUUGAAAGAAGCUCUGCCCUUGGGAUAUUUGACACCUGGAACAUCAAUAUUGACUGUGAGAAACAGUGGGUGGGAUAA